CGCGUCCGAUCCAUAAGCAGAAAUGUCCGAGGAUCUCACACCAAGAGCAGCCCUGCGCAGGCUGCGAAUGCAAAUGGACUCCGAUGAACCCUCUCGAAAGAGGAGGUGCUAUAAUCCUAGGGAUUCCUCACUCACAUUUGUUGAUGGGGAGGACGAAUUGGACUUUUUAUGUGAAGAGUUUGAGUCUCCAAAAGCAGUGAUGUCCUGUGGUCAUGCAGUCACCCCGAUGUCUCUCACUAAAUGGUGUAUUCAGCUGCUGGAAGAUGGACAAAACACCUUUGUGUGUGCUGUGUUUGGCUGUGAUGCUGUGUGGCCUUUUGAAGAGGUCUGCAAGAUGGCUCAACUGACUACUCAGGAAAUUAAGUAUUUCAAGAAGACCAUGGCUAUAAAUGCUUCUAAUACCAGAAGAUGUCCUGGAUGCAUGUCCCAUGUUGCAAGACAAAACAAAUUAAAUCUUUGUGUCGGCUGCAAAGUGUGCACAGCAAAGAAAGGACGUCAAUAUGAAUUCUGCUGGCAGUGUCUGAGGGAAUGGAAAGGACCAAAGCCACGGAUGAGCCGCUGUGAGAACGAAGGCUGCAGCAACACGGUGCUGCAAACGCUGCAAACCUGCCCCGAUAUCGUCUUUGACACGGUGAUAGGAAUCACCGGGUGUCCCUCCAUCCGGGCCUGUCCCACCUGCGGAUCACUGCUGGAGCAUAAACGAAACCACUGCAAACACCUUACCUGUCCUCAGUGUAAGGUCAAGUUCUGUUUUGUGUGUCUGAAGACUUUUGCUGAAUGUUCUAGAACAAGCGGCAUUUCAGCACCGUGCUCCAGUGGUGUUGCUCCCAGACAGACAGUUAUCCCAGUGUGGAGAAAGAGUUAAUACUCCUUUAACACGUCUGUUUCCUUGGACAUUGAUUUGUCACCUCAAACAACACCAAUGUGUCUCAUUGUACAGGAUGUUUUCUAAUCCUAGAGACCAAAAACAUCACGCUGAUGACAGUAUUUGUUAGAGUUAAAAGCAUAGGGAUAUUUAAUGACUUGCUAGAUCAGAACCAAUG